AUGCGAAAACUCCGGAAUAUCAUGAUACCCUUAUUUCUCCUUCAACUGGCCUCUGCCCGGUAUUAUGGCCAAGAUGAUUUCUCCGAAACUUUCAGUCUUCUGAAAAUCUCCGAAAACACCUCCCCCGGAUCAGAAAUCUUCAACCUCGCCACUGUCCUCCCAGAAGCUCCCCAAGUCGCUUCAGCUCGGAUUUUUUCCGAAUUCGCGGAAAACUUCAAAAUUCAAAACGGCGCACUUUUUCUGUCGAAACGAUUGGAUCGGGAAAAAAUCUGCAACUCGGCCGACUUCCGCUGCGAAUUCAUCGUCAAACUCCUCGUUGAACCGUUUGAAUCGAAGAAGAGCGAAAAACUGGUGAUUCUGCAGAUUUCCUUGGCGGACGAAAAUGAUUCGUUGCCUGAAUUCGAGUUUGAUUUUGGCUCGAAAACCAUGGAUUUGUGCAGCGAAUCCGUUCGAAAUGGUAUCUAUGCCGCGCCUUUUGUUGCUGAUGAUGCUGAUAGAGUUUCGAUCCUUCGCUACGGGCUGAAAAACACCGCUUCCUUCACUCUCGAGGAAAAAGAAGAAGUUGACUCGUUCGGGAAUUCACGUGAUCAGCUGACAUUGAAGCUCGUUGGCGAAUCCAAAGCGCCGGAAGAGAUGGUGGUUCAAGUUUCUGACGGACUUCAUCAAGUGGAAAAGACGGCGAUCGUCAAUGUCGUUGAUAAUUGCAAAGAAAAUGCGAAAUUUUCGCAACAGAUUUACGAAGCAACUCUUCCCGAAAACGUCAAAAACUUCGCCACUGGCAUCAUCCUCUCGCUCGACACGAUGAUAGCGACCGAAGCCAUCGAGUUCCGACUCGGCUCGGAAGUGGCACGUGAGCACUUGGCGAUAAAUCACGAGACAGGCGAAAUUCAUCUUAUCAAGUCUCUUGAUUACGAAAUCACUCAGAGAAUCCGCUCCGUGGUUGAACUUGUCGACCUCUACACCAACGCCAUCAUCGACUUCACCAUCAUCGACAUCUCCGUCAAAGACGUCAACGACAACGUCCCAGUCAUCACCGCCACGGUUAUUCCCCCCGCCUCUGUCAACAAUGAUAAAGUUAUUCUCCGCGAAGACUUCCCAACCUCCGUUGCUCUGGCUUAUUUCUCCGCUUCUGAUGCCGACCUCGCUUCCGCCGGAGAAGUCACACUCGAUCUCCUCAUGGGCAAAGACUACUUCGAGCUUCGGGAAGGAUUCCUCGUCCUGAGAACCCCACUCGAUCGCGAGUCGCAAAACCUCAUCGACGUCAGCGUCUCUGCUUGCGACAACGGCCGUCCAAAGAAAUGCGCGCAGAGUGUUUUGACCUUCGUCGUCAGCGAUGUCAACGACAACAGUCCUUUCUUCACCAUGUGUCCGGAAGAAGUGCUCGUUUCCGAGUCCCAGCCGCCCAACAAGCUCCUCACCGUCGUCCGCGCUUUCGACAAUGACAAUCUCCCCGGCCUCUCCUCCCCCAACGGCGUCGUCAGCUACAGCACUUCCAGCUCCGUCGUCGCCGUCAGCUCCACUGGCCAAGUGUUUUUGAACCAAAAACUCGACCGCGAAAGAAUCUCCAGCUACACAAUUUCCAUCGAAGCUUUCGAUCAAGGCGUGCCAGUCCAAAACUCAGCUCGAUGCACUUUCAACUUGAUCGUCGGAGAUGAAAACGACAAUGCGCCGCUUUUCGAUGAAGCGACGGAAUUUGUGAAAGUGAUUCCAAAUACGCUCGGAAAGAAUGAAAUCGUCUAUGAUUUCAAUGUGGUCGACAAGGAUGAUGGAAAGAAUGCGAUGUUUUUCUUGGAGUUGGAAGAUGAUUUCGAUCUGUUCUACAUCAACUCCGCCAACGAACUCCGCCUCUCCCGCAAUUUCACCUCGACCGAUCCUUCCCGAGUCAAUCUGAUCGUCCGCGCCCGAGACAGCGGCGACCUCACUUCGGAAAUCUCCUUUGCCGUCGAAAUUCUCCCGCCAGAAGCGCUGAUGCGAUCGAGCACUCAAGAACUCGCCAUUGCUUCUAUUUGCGGAUUGAUGGCUGUGAUUUUUGUUCUCUGUCUCGUGAUUUUCUGCCUGAAGCAGCGACGACAGCAAACGUACAAGUUCCGCAACGCCGAAGACAAGGAAGAGAGCAACAUCCACGCGAGCAAGCAGACCCUUUCCAACUGGACGGUCGAGAUCAAAAACGACGCUGCUUUGGUAAAAACGAAUUUGAUCGUCGACCCGAGCGAGGAUGGAAGUGGCCUGUACAAAACACGAUCUCAGGAUCACGGAAGCGAUUUCAUCCCCGACUCCGGCCGCGGCGAAUCGGAAAAAGACUCCGUCUCCUCGACAAUGGGCCCGAACUGCUCGAAAGAUUGCUCCGUGAUUGGCCACUCUGAUGCUUGCUGGAUGCCAAGCUCUAGAAACGAAGAAAUCAUGUCCUCUUCUUCCAUCGUUGGUUAUUCGAGAGAGCAUUUGUCCAAGCUUUCGCAGCAAUAUUUGACGAAUCAAAAUCGACUCGCGAAUUUGUCGCCGAUUUGCGAUCAAGAGAGUCAGCGAUCUUCUGGUUAUUUGAGCUCACUUGAUGCGAGAAAUGUUCAUUACUGUUAA